GACUAAUUUCGUGUUUAUUUCUCGCAAAAUGUGCGAUUUUCGUCCUUUGAUCCAGGAUAUUUGAUCAUUUUAGUGCAUUCUACUAGUAGUUGCUUAGUUGUUCCACAAUAGCUCCAUAGAAUGGAACAUAAUCAGGGUAAAGUGACGGAAAUCAGCGUCGGAAAUCAUGAUCUAGCCAAGACUCCGCUGAUAGCGCUGAGCGAUCGUUCCCGGGAACUGCUGGCCGGAUUGCUCAAUCAGCGCCGUAUAUUUACCUCGGAAGAGGGAUAUUUCCGAGAUUGGCGCGGUGCUUUCGAUGUGAUCGGUGUUCCGAAGCGAUUUCUUGCGCUAGUGGAGAAUAAUGCCAGUCCCGCCAAGUGCCUGUUGGAGUUAUGGGAUCAGGAAUCAGCGAACUGCAAGCGCCCAGCGAAUUUGGCCCAGCUACAGGAAGUGCUUGGCUGCAUCGAUCGCUGGGAUGUGGUGGAUGAUACAUCGAAAUCAUUUGAGGAAGAUGCGGUGAAAUUCCUGUUGAAGAAACAGACCAGCACCCGGGUCGAGUUGAAGCAGCCGACGGAUGAUUUGGAGGACAUGGACAUUAUCACAAGAGACGAUACUCACGAACAUAAACAGCAGUACGAUGCGUUCAUCCUCUACGCUGAUCAGGAUAUUGAGUUUGCGUCAAAACUGGUAACAAAACUAGAAAAACGGGGAAUGCGUCUCUGCUUGCGAGAUCGCGACAUUCUGGCCGGUGGUAACUGCGAGCACGCCGUGCUGAUUCGCCUCAUAACGGAACGCUGUCGGCGGUUGGUUGUGCUCAUCUCUCAGGCAUUCUUGGAGAGUCCAUUGUAUACGUUCACCGUUACCUUUGCCCAUGCUCUGCAGAUCGAGAAACGGCAGCGUAAAGUAAUUCCCUGUGUGAUCGAGAAAUGUGAAGUGCCACAGCACUUGAAGUUCACUUUUAUGCUAGAUUAUUUGCGCCAGCGCGAACUGUUCAACUUCUGGGACAAGCUAACGGAUUCAGUGCGGGAUCCGGCCAAAAUUGCCAAGCCGGAAAGUGUUUCAGGGGAGCUUAAAGAAACGAAAGUUGCUCCAACCGUGAUUGUAGAACCAGAACCAGUAAAACAACGCCCCGCCGCAUCAAAACACUCACCAGUUCCGGAAAAACAAACAAAACACGUCGCUUCUCCCGCACUGACUGUCCAAAUCCCCACCGUACCCGAGCUGGCGAAGAAAUCCAACUCGUUCUGGGAUCGAGUCUCGGCCCCAUUUCAUCUGACGAAGGGUAAACUGAGCCGCAGUACCUCUCAGCUAACGGUUAGCAACGCGAACUCGACGGCAUUAGCAAAAGAUUGCAAUCACGAUGAGCAGCAAGCUCUAUCGAGCUUAUCCCUUAGGUCCUCAUCCACGUUGGCAUUGGCCGAGAACCAAAAGGUGGCGAAAAAAUCGAAAAGAAAGUGGUACAAAUCUUUCGGUCAAAAGAUUGCCACCACAGGCUAAUACCGCCCUGUUUAUGGAGGGACUCAACCAAGCAUUCCUUUUGCGCUUGACUAUCGUGAUAAUAUGAACGAUCCGCUCAAUCAUCGUGCCUUACUUAAUGUGCAAUUUUUAUCCGACUAGCAAGUAAAAUUUCCGCCAUUUUGGCAGCAUUCAGCAGGGUAUAGCAGAGCUGAAACAGCAUCACAGCAAGCCGCAUUUCGGCGCGCACACAUUUUAUAACUUGUUUCAAGUGGUUUUAAGCUGUUAAUAAAAACUUUCGAUAGCGUAUAGUAAAAUGGAUGAAGUACACAGCGUGGU